AUGGAAGCUGCUGCUGCUGCUGCUGCUGCAGCAGCAGCAAGAAGCCACAAAGAAGCAAAUCCAGAGGAAGAACUUGCAUGCAGACGCCUCGCAAUUCCUGCGCACUUGGGGCUUUCUCGCGGAGGCGUCAGCAGCGAAUUCGACAGUCCUCAAGAGGGCCUGGCCAUAUACGCCGCCUUUUCUGAGGCGGUUUUGGCCUUCGCAGCUGCGGGCAAAAUCGACGCGCAGCAAAUGGGCUCUUUGCACAGGCUCUUCAAGACGACACUGGAGGAGGAGCUGGGGCAGUGCGUGCGGGGAAUUUGUUUUUGGGGAAAUGAAAAAAAUAAAAGAAAAAGAAAAAGGGGGGGCCCCCCUGGGGGCCCCUGGGGGGCCCCCCUGUGGCAGCUGCGGGGGGCCCUUGUGGGGUACCAAAAAGAAGGAAAUAAAUUCAAAAUAAAUGUCAGCAGAGCUUUGCUGCUGACCACUGGUCUCGUGCUGCAGUCCGAGGCCCUCCGCGUCUCCAUUCUCGACCCUUCUUAG